CCCAGCUCACAGAGCCACGAGCGAGAAAUGCGGAUUUCAGACGUUCUUCCGCCCAUGUCGGACAUUUACAAGACGCCCGCUUCACCUCUCAAACGGACUAGCUCGCCAGUGUCUCCGCUACUACCGGAUUCGGAUGAGGGUGUUCAUCCACCCACGGGCUAUUUUGCUGCGGGACAGUCUUCGCCGCGUGUUGUGCAAAGCUCUCAAAGCCAGUCAGAGCACGAUCUGACAUCUUCGUGGGCGGAAAUGCUGGGUACCAGGCAAGCUGCCCUAUCAUGGGCUAAACAGAGUGACCCGAUCGACUUGCCACCAUCAUCUCCUCCGCAGCCGGCGCAAAGUCAGGACUAUGACGCACAGGAUGAAUAUUCGCAGUCUCAAGACGCAUACUCUCAACCGUCCACCUUCGCAUCUCCCGACCCGCGGACGUCUCCCCUCCGUGUCUGCUCUCAGUACACAGACGCCUCGAGUUCAUCUUCACUCCCACCGUACGCUCAAACCCCCUCACAAUUCCGAGAGUUCUUGACUAUGUUUGACAACCGGGACGAGUUCGGGAACGAGUUGCCUGUAGCCGACGGCGGAGUCGGCCAUACUGCAGGCCGAUCGCGAUCGGUCUCACCGUCGCCAGCCUCCAGACAGAUUGCGCGGCUGGAUGGUCCCAGUAGGGAAUCGUCGCCCGCUUCGCACACGCACGGUUCCCCGCAUUCAGGGCAGCACGAUCUCGAGGAUAGCCAGGACAUCCUCGACGUCGUCAUGGAGUCGUCCCAAUCGCAAAGCUACAUAGGAGACUCGGACUACAGCUCGGCGUCCUCCUUUCCCCACGAGCUUCCCAGUCCAGUGCGCAGCUUCCUGGGCAUGUUUCCCGAGAGUCAACCCUCGUCCUCGCAGGCACCGUUCUCAUGAGGACGGCGGGUUAUCUUGGUCGCAUCCUUACUGUACACGCUCAUAAUUGACAGCUCCCAUUUGUAUAUCACGCAGGCAACUUCUCCCAUCUAUCUAAUAUGCUAUC